AUGAAGCGAGUGUUGGGAGAUGGUGAAGACCGCGCACCAAUGCACGUUGUAUUCAAUGGGGUGGAAUUACUGCAAGCCUGUCCGGAUGUGAAAGUUGAGCGCCUACAGAAGCCGAUUGAUGGAAAAGCUGUGGGAGGCGCAAUUAUUAGCUGUGAUGAAUCGAUUCAGCUGGAUUUGGAGUUGAUCACGCCUGCAGGAAAGGUUCUCAUGCGCAAGGUGACUUGUAUCAUCACGGAGACAGAAGAGGAUGAGUUCCUGUUGGGCCGGCUCACUCUGAAGGCUCUAGGAAUUGAUGUUGAAGGUCAGCUUUCUGCACUUGCGAAUAAGGAGAUUGUGGAUUUUGAUCCGUUCGAGUCAGAAACUCCGAUGAGUUUUGAUCCUCCAGACAAGAAGAAGGUUAUUGCACGACUCUGUGAGCUUAUCAACGAAGCUGUUGCAAAUGGUUUCCCUGCAGAGCGGAAAAGAGAACUAGGGAACUCUGCCAAUACGGUGCAGGCCACGCACCUACGCACCCGCGGAGCGCGAGUGGAUGAAGGCGCUCAACGAAUCGCUGGUUGA